AGGUAUAAAAACCACUUUUCAAAAUCCCAUUUUUCAAACCCUCUCUCUCUCUCUGCAUCCAAAACCGCUUUUCAGACGUCGCCCAAACCGCUUCUCUUCCCACCUCAAAACCGCCAGCGGUUUUCUCAAUCCUCCGUUCCAGUCGCGGUGAAUUUCUAGGGCUUUGACUGGAUUGUUUGAAAUCGUUAUCGCUUCUCCGAGGCGGUCUUUUGUUGAUUCCAGAAAGUUCUAGAAAUUCAACGGCUGAGAUGCUUUGGAAGCUCUCGUGACGAAGAUCGACGGCGAAUUCGGGGAUCGGAGAGGGUGGAAGAGGAGUCGGCGCGGAUGAAGCAAUCAUUCAAUGAUUUCUAGGGUUUGCCGAUCGGUUUUUCGCUUUCAGAUGGUGCUUUCGUUUGGGUUUUUGUAGUAUUUCUCAGGCUUUCAGCAGACAGGCUUCAAAGGGAAAAAAAGGCAGUAUGGGCCUAAAAGCUCGCGAAAAUGCUACUGAUUCUCUGAAAGUAGAGGUCGGAGAGAUAGACACUAGAGCCCCAUUUGAAUCUGUCAAAGCUGCUGUCAGCUUAUUUGGUGAAGGAGCCUUCUCAGCUGAGAAAUCUACUGUGAAGAGAUCAAAGGCUCUCCCUACAGAGAGAGUAUUGGCGAAAGAGACACAGCUUCACUUGGCUGAGAAAGAGCUGCACAAGUUGAAGGAACAUCUGAAGAAUGCCGAGACUACAAAGACCCAAGCACUAGUGGAGCUCGAAAAGGCUAAAAGAACAGUUGAAGAUCUCACCCACAAGCUUAGAGUUGUAAACGAGUCGAAGGAAUCAGCAAUCAAAGCGACAGAAUCUGCCAAGAAUCAGACCAAGCAGCUUGAAAACGUGAACACAGGUGCUUCCACCGUAAACAGUGGUUCAUGGAAACAGGAACUGGACAGUGCAAGAGAACAAUAUGCAGCUACCAUUACUGAGCUAGAUGCAGCCAAACAGGAACUCUGGAAGAUCCGUCAGGAUUUUGAGGCAUCCAUGAAUGCGCGGGCCGCUGCCUUCCAGCAAGAAGAAAAUGCCAAGCAUGCGACAGAAGCUAAUAAGGAGAGGAUAGGCGAGUUCUCGAAAGAGAUUGCAGCUGCGCAGGAGUCGCUGGUGCAUGUGAAGCUGGCCUCUGUGCAAGCCCAAGAAGAGCAUGCAAAGAUCCUUUCAGAAAAGGAUGCUGAGCGGCAGAGCGCAAGACGUGCAAUAGAAGAAACCCAGAUGAAAUUGGAGUCUUUGAAGAAAGAAUUUGAUCCUGAAAUGGGCAGGAACCUUGACAAGAAGCUGGCUGAAACGGCUGCUGAGAUUGAAGCCUUGCAGAAAGAGAUUGAGAAUGCCAAAAAUUCUGAUCUUGAUGCAGUGAAAGCGAUAACGUCUGAUCUUGAUGAUGCGAAAGAGACACUGCAGAAACUCGCAGACGAGGAGAGCUCUCUUAAGAAUAUGUUAGAGUCCCUCAAGCAGGAGCUUGAGAGUGUAAAGAAAGAGCAUUUGGAGCUGAAAGAGAAGGAAGCGGAAGAAGAAAAUGUAGCUGGGAAUCUGCACGUCAGGCUCCAGAAAAGCAAGAUGGAGCUCGAGAUGGCCAUUGCUGCAGAGGCGAAAGCACAGGCCGCGUAUGAUGAACUGAUCUCGACCCUCCAGCAGCUAUCGUCUGAGUCUGAGAAUGCGAAAAGGGAAACGGAAUCAAUGAAGAAGACGGCAGAAGAGCUGAAGAGGGAAGCUGUAAUGACCAGGGUAGCCUUAGAAGAAGCAGAGAAGAAUCUACGCGUUGCGCUGAAAGAGGUGGAAGAAGCAAAGGCUGCAGAAACGAAUGCGCUGGAUCAGAUCAAGAUCUUGUCAGAGAAAACAAACGCGGCCCGACAAUCAACAUCAGAGUCAGGUUCCCAGAUCACGAUCUCAACGGAGGAGCACGAGUCCCUGAGUCGGAAGGUUGAGGAGUCCAACACAUUGGCAGAAAUGAAGGUGGAUGCUGCAAUUGCUCAGGUGGAAGCCGUGAAGGCCAGCGAGAAUGAAUCGUUGAAGAGGUUGGAGGCAGCCCAGAAGGAGAUCGAAGAGAUGGAGGCGGCCACGGCAGAGGCAAUGAAGCGGGCUGAGAUGGCUGAAGCCGCGAAGAGGGCGGUGGAGGGAGAGCUCCGAAGGUGGCGGGAGCGGGAGCAAAAGAGGGCGGCUGAAGCGGCUUCCCGGAUACUGUCUGAGACAACAGAUAUGUCUACAACGGCAUCGUCGGCUACGAGUAUCAAGCCAAACAUGCAAGAGAAGACUGGCCUGGUACAGGCUAUGAUUGUGAAGCCAAAUGUGCAAGAGAAGACAGGCAGGAGCGGGAACCAUAAGGUGGAGAAAGCAAGGAACCAUAAGGCGGAGAAAGGUGCAGUGGUGAAAAAAUCACUUUUACCCAACCUCAGUGGCCUCUUUAAUCGAAAGAAGAACCAGGUCGAGGGCGGGUCGCCAUCUUAUCUCCCAGGUGAGAAGCGGGUGUGAUUGCUAUCUAGGCAAGUGUUUUGAUGUUUGAUUGGUGUUAAUGAAAGAAAAGUUAAAACAUAUGCAGGCUUUUGUGGUUUGUGUAUAUAUGUAGAAUCUGUUUCGGUUUCUGUUUUUUCGCAAUUCCAAUUGAAGCAGGAGAGAAUAUAUUUUGAGAUUGGAA